CAUCAACAUAUUUCUCAAUGUCACACUAAAUCAACGAGGCUGUACACUCACACCGUAGGCAGCAAUAUUGCGACUGAAACGAUUCUCCAUACAACAAGCGACGUGGCAUGCAACGCAAGACCAGAUGAACGCAUUUCAACUCAGACCGCAUAAAUAUUGAUGCUCUUUCGAGGCCGUCUAAGCCACAGUUUCACGCCAUAAAAAGACACAGCCACUCAAUGCAAGUCGCAGCCGCCUAACGCUUCAGCUGAGAUACCGGCCUCUACUGCGUGGCAUUUAACCCAUAUAGCAAGGCUGGUGCACUAUCGCCGUGUGGCUCUAUAGUUGCACCUCUCAUUAUGGCUCCUCCAACAAGCACUCCCGACGAAAACGCAGCAUUCCUUGCUGGUUGCAUCCAUAAAACAAGGUCGGUGCGAGACGUUUACGAGUCCCUUGGCCUCUUUAGUCAAACCACCGACUUACGCAAGGAUCCUGAUUUUCUCAAGAACGAAGCCAACGAGUUGCAUUUCGAAAUCAAGAAGAUCGCUCAGUCGUUUGUGGAACGUAAUCGCGAGGAUCCAGAGCAUCUACACGCAUGUCUAUCCAAAGACGAGACAUUCUCUAAAGAGAUAUGCGAGCUCGAGGGCAAGUAUGGGCAGGCACUCUGGGGGCGAGCAGAUUCCGGACACACACUCCCUUUUAGAGAGCAGGAAGGGCCACCAGACGAGCUCAACUGGGACAAGAGUAAAGACCGAGAAUGUAUUCGGUUUUAUAUUCACUGCUGGAUUGCAAGAAUUGCCGUACGGGAUAUCAGCCCAACACCACGCAAAGGGAAAGGCAAGAGCAAGUCCAAGGUGACCUACUUGUCUGAUGGAGAGGAAACAGACGUCGAAACCCCGACGAGAUCAACCAGAUCCGAUAGUAGUGCGUCAUCAGAAGUACCCUAUCGUGCCCCAGAACCACCAAAUAUGUACUCAGCUCCCGAGAGUCGUGGAAACGAUGCUCAAUCAGCCGACUUCCGAGCUGAAAGCACAGAUACACGGAUUUAUGCUGACGACGCGGAGAGCAUAAUCACCAACAGUCAGGUGGCGACCGAUCCGCCCUUGAAGCGGACUCCCCCAGGACCUUCAAGCAAAAGGAAAGCGCCCGAUGUCCAAGGUCCGUAUUCUAGCAGUAAAUUGCCGAAGGUAUCCAGAAAGGCGCGAAUAACGCCAGCGCUCUUCCGCGAGCGACAGCGCGACGUGUACUCGGUUCCAAGGUCACCUACCUUACCUUUGGAUGCGGCACCAUUGACUAGCCCAAAUAGAAGGCCAAGAUGGAAAGAAAGUACCCAAGACAGUGAUGCGACAUACAUGCCGCCACCUCGUGGUUUUACUGCCGAGACUGAGACUGUUGUGGAUGGAGACGAGGCUGUAGCAGACGCAAUGAACCUGGUUCUACAACCCCAUCUCCUUGAUGAAGAGGGCAUACAGUAUGAGUUUCAGGAUCAGCCCGUUGCUGGGCCAUCCGGCACCUACCGGCACCCUCUCAGGCAAGACUCAGUUAUACCGGAUACGCAAAACGAUACAGUAGGAACUGUACCGAUCAGUACCGAGCCCCACACUAAUCUCGGUCGGAAUCUCAGUAAGAAAUUGCUUCAUACCAUGACUAUAACGCAACUCAGCACAACGACACCAGGCCCUCAAAGUUGGCAAGUGAGAAAGGACCGAAGCGAACUCUUCAGGCUUCUGCUAUCAUAUCUGAACAGUAUCAACCAAUUCAGCAUGAACUCAUACGAUGUGGAUUCCGAAGAGAGAAUGGACUUCCUCCUCGACCGGCUCUGGGCCUAUGAUGCGGAGAAACUACGCUCGGAUUUAGGCGAAGACUUUGCACGAUUGCACGCUGCAUUGGAGACUUGGAUGAACAUGCGCGAUCGGUUGACUAGUUUUCAAACCACCACGGGCUAUUUAGGGCAGCCUGGCGAGGAGUGGAAAGCUCAUCUGCGCCGUAUGCUUGAUUUACCCGCACGUGCGCAGGCGUGCAUUGCAUUCGGUGAACUGAAAGGGCCCUUGAACAAGGAAGGCGAGCCUCACCAUGUAGCUGAGACCUUUGAUGACGAUCUUGCGAUGAUCUUUGAUCUAUUAACCAGGGUCAAAGGGUGCAAUGGUGCGGAGGAGUUCAAAGCCAUCCGGCUAUACAACGAGGCGCUACUGAAAUGGGUUAGAGAAGAUUAGACAGCGGAGCUAACUGGAAACUUGUACGCGGACACGGGUGUUAGUACCCUCUGUUGUUUUGCUAACAUCUUCUCCGGCGCAUCUGAGUAGUCAUCUUCAAAAUACGGCAGCCACAAAUAGUGUUCUGAGAGCUCAGACCCUAUGAAUGCAGCCUCGAGGACCUUAUUGUGUUGCUAUAACAAAAGUUUAGUACUGUUUACUGCAAUACCCUGUUCUGCUUACAUUCAUGGACACUUCCCCUAAAACGGAAGCGCGAACGCGGGACUCGACCACAUUUUACGUGCCUG